AUGGACGGACGCAAGCUCGUGCUUGUGACAGGUGCCAACACUGGUCUCGGUUUCCAAAUCGUCAAGGCACUUUGCAGCUCUGAUACAGGGUAUGAGGUCUUGGUUGGAGGUAGAUCCCUUCAAAAGGCUGAGCAAGCCGUCAAGAACCUCCAGGAAGAGCUUCCCUCCAGCUACCUUCAUCCAAUUCAACUUGAUAUCGAAGAUGAUAUCUCUAUUGCCUCUGCAUUUGAAUACAUCAAUGCUCAGUACGGGAAACUUGAUGCUCUUAUCAAUAACGCAGGUACCCAACUCGAUCAACAGUUAGCUGCGGGCAAGAUGUUCGCUAGGGAAAUGUGGAAUAGAACGUAUGAUGUGAACGUGACCGGGACCCAUAUCUUGACUUGGACCUUGGCCCCAUUGCUUCUCAAGUCAAGCGAUCCCCGCCUCAUGUUCAUCGCCAGCGGUACAUCCUCUCUUGCCGGGUCUGAAAGCCCCGACUUGCCCAUCAAUAAGCAGCCAAGCGAGGGCUGGCCAAAGGCCUUGAAUAACUUCAAUUUGCCCGCAUACCGAAGCAGUAAGACUGCAAUGAACAUGAUGAUGAGGGAGUGGUUCCGGCUUCUUGGCCAGGAUGGCGUCAAGGUAUGGGCUAUCAGCCCUGGAUACCUGGCAACCGGUCUCGGUGUUGGCCAAGAGCAGAACAAGACACAAGGUGCAAUUGAUCCUUCCAUUGGAGCCGCGAUUGUUAGAGAUGUUUUGGAAGGGGUGAGGGAUAAGGAGGUUGGCAAAGUUGUAUCAAGGCAAGGCGUUCAGCCUUGGUAG